UCGCUGCUAAUACCAACACACUAACGUACCAACGCACUAACUCUUCAAUAGUGUCCUAAUAUUCGACUGUGCAGUAAGAGUAGAAGAGUCAUCCCGCCUCGUCUCUUGUUUGAAUUUGCACAGUAGCACGACUUGAUAUAUAACAGAUCGAAAUCCGCACUCAACUGGCAGAGCGGCUAUUCUUGGUGUCAUGACCUAACAUGCGGUCGCUAUCACUAGUAGCAUUAAUUCUUGCUUCCAAUACAUUGGCUACGUCUCCAUCGAACAGUACUGGAUGGAAAGUAGCAAAGCUACAAGCUCUCGGUUUAGCAAGGUUGUCAACUCAUGUUGAUAAGAAUGGUUACUACUCAGAGGAAUGCACUCUGGAGAAUGUGUCCCUCCGCAGAGAAUGGGGUACAUUGACAGACAGUGAGAAGAAGGGAUAUAUCGCCGCGGUCAAAUGUCUUUCGAAACUACCUCCAUUGACUCCAACGUCGCUUGAGACUGGUGUUCGCAGCCGUUACGACGACUUUGUGUUGACUCAUAUCAACCAGACUCUGAACAUCCACGGGACUGGGAACUUCUUCGCUUGGCACAGGUACUACAUCUGGACUUACGAACAAGCUCUACGAAACGAAUGCGGAUAUACCGGUUACCAGCCAUACAUGGACUGGGGAAAAUAUGCAAUGGACCCGGAGAACUCACCUAUCUUUGAUGGUUCAGCUACAUCCAUGGGUAGUAAUGGCGCGUUCAUUGCACAUGAUGCUGUGGGAAUUCCAUCAAACGCGAGUCCAAGUAUCUCCAUUCCAACAGGAAAUGGUGGGGGAUGUAUGACCAACGGACCAUUCGUAGACUUCCCAGUUAAUCUUGGGCCUUGCUUGCCAUCACUUUCGUAUGUCGAGCCCAAUCCGAGGGCUGAUUGCUUGGGAUACAACCCACGUUGUAUUCGGCGUGACAUCUCCCAGUGGACGUCAUCGAGAUGGACCAAAGACUCGGACAUCGCAGACGUGAUUGAGAAUUACCCAGAUCCAACCGCGUGGACCUAUCGAUUUCAGGGAGACUUUCCAGCAGGUUAUAUGGGUGUACAUACUGCUGGUCAUUUCACUUGGGGCGGUGACCCCGGUGGUGACAUAUUCACAUCACCGGCCGACCCUGUCUUCUUCCUACAUCACGCGCAGGUAGAUCGCGUCUACUGGAUCUGGCAGAAUCAAAACGUGGAUGCGCGAACAUUUGCCGUAGGAGCAACAAUCACCAUAAAUAACACUCCGCCGAGUCGGAAUGCCAGCCUCGAUGACACAAUUGACAUAGGAGUCAACGCGGGCCCAAUAACGCUCAGAGAUGCAGGCAGUACAAUUGGAAACACUCCCUUCUGCUACAUAUAUUUAUGAUCAUCAUGCAAUCCCUAUAAUGAUUCUUGGUUCUCUAGCACGUAUCGAGUCCGGCGUAUCAUCUCCACAGCAUUAACUAUGAUUUGAUCAAUGACCAGGGGCUUACUUGGGGCAUGAUAAAUGUGGCUCAGCUUUAUCGCUUAGGCCCUUCUGCUUUAAGAACAUUAAUUAAGUAGAAUAAUUGAUUGAAGAUGGCAUGGCAUCGUC